CCGGAGAGUGGCGACACGGUCCUCUUCCUCCCCGCCUCCGCGGGGCAGGGCAGCGGCAGCACUGAGGCGUCGCACCACGUCGGCUCGGCGUUUGUGCGGCGCAUGUUGGCGCGCGUCGAUUUGUUUGCGUCGCCCGCCACACUGGCGGCGCAGCGGCUCAACGCCCAGCUGCAGACGUCCAUGAGGGACUGGCGCUCGGGCGUCGUCGGCACCUCCAUCACGCCCGCCACCCGCAACAGUCAACAGAGGCAGCAGCAGCAGCCACAGCCACAGCCACAGCCACAACAACAAAAACAUCAAAAAGAGCGCAGUGGGAAUGCACCGUCUGGAUGA